AUGGACACGCAACCGCACGUAUCCGGCCAGGCUAACAAGCCUCUGCCGAGGCCGCCUCACGCACUGCCAGCCCACGAGGUCUGCCAGCUGCUCGAAGUGAACGAGCAGACAGGCCUCAAUGGCAGUGAGGCUGAGAAGCGUUCGGAGGAGUAUGGGCACAAUGAGCUGCUUAAAGAGAAGAAUGCCCAACCCCUCAAGAUUUUCAUCAGGCAGGUUGCCAAUGCCAUGACCUUGGUCCUCGUUCUGGCUUUGGCAGCCAGUUUCGGUAUCCAAGCAUGGGUCGAAGGUGGCGUCCUCGCCGCCAUCAUCUUCCUCAACAUCGUCAUCGGCUUCUUCCAAGACUACCAAGCCGCCCGCACCAUCGACGCCCUCGGCGCCCUGACCUCCCCCACCGCCAAGGUCAUCCGCGAGGGUAAGACCGUCGUCAUCGAUUCCGCCAAGGUCGUCCCCGGCGACAUCGUCGAGCUCAAGAUGGGUGACUCCGUCCCCGCCGAUGUGCGUCUCAUCGAGGCCGUCAACUUCGAGGCCGACGAGGCCCUGCUCACUGGUGAAUCGCUGCCUAUCCGGAAGGAUCCCGAGAUGACUUUUGACGAUGACACUGGUCCGGGUGAUCGCAUCAACGUCGCUUUCAGCUCUACGGUCGUCACCAAGGGUCGCGCUCGCGGCGUUGUUUUCGCUACGGGUAUGUGUACUGAGAUCGGCCUCAUCGCCGCUGCCCUCCGCGAGGCGUCUUCGGGGAGCAGGGUCCACGCACACCAGAACGCCGAGGGCAAGAUUACUCUCUGGUCCUACAUCGUCUUCGGCUUCCAGGUCGUCGUGGGCAUCAUCGGUACCUUCUUGGGCGUCACCGUCGGAACUCCGCUGCAGCGAAAGCUGUCGAGGCUGUUUCUGUACAUCUUUGGCAUCGCUGUCAUUUGCGCUAUUGUUGUGCUCGCGGCGAACAAGUUUAGCACUAGGAGUGAUGUGGUCAUCUAUGCUGUGGCCGUGGCCGUCGGUACGCUGCCUGUGUCGCUGAUUCUUGUCUUGACGAUUACCAUGGCUGCUGGUACGAAGGCCAUGGUUGAUCGCAAUGUUGUUGUCAGGCAGCUGUCCAGCUUGGAGGCACUCGGCGGUGUUACCAACAUUUGCUCCGACAAGACCGGAACCCUCACUCAAGGUCGCAUGGUCGUCCGCAUGGCCUGGAUCCCCAGCAUCGGCACCUACUCCGUCAACACCAGCCAAAACCCCUACGACCCCACCUCUGGCGAGCUCAAGCUCACCUCCCACGUCCAGCCUAAGGACCUCCAAUCCCCCAAGGGCGCCGAGGCCGUCGCCGACAAAAUCGACCCCGCGGGGGAACCCGCCGGCAAGCCCGCCCUGCAGACUUACCUUAACAUCGCCUCGCUCGCCAACCUUGCCACCCUCCAGCGCAUCGAGGACGCCGGCGCCGAGAAGCCCGGCGAGUGGACCGCCCACGGAGAUCCCACCGAGGUUGCCCUCCAGGUGUUCGUUACGCGAUUCGGCUGGAACAGACUGACGCUCUCGACGGAGGCGAACCCUAACGCGCGCUGGAAGCAAGUUGGAGAACUCCCAUUCGAUUCCGAGGUUAAGCGCAUGUCUGUCGUCUGCGAGGAUACUCAGUCACCCACUAGGGAAAUCCACAUGUUUACCAAGGGCGCUACUGAGCGUGUUGUCGGAUGCUGCUCCAUGAUUGCCCUCGGCGACGGCGAGCCCGUCCCUCUUGAUGAGAAGAUCCUGUCUGAUAUCCACGCCAACAUGGAGGCUCUCGCCAGACACGGUCUUCGCGUCCUCGCACUCGCCAGCAAGUCCGGUCUCGCUCCCAUCACCGAGGAAGAAGCCAAGCAAGGUCUCAACCGCGUCGCCUACGAAAAGGACCUCAUUCUCCGUGGCCUCGUCGGAAUCUACGACCCUCCUCGCCCCGAGUCCCAGCCCAGCGUCCGCGCCUGCCACCGUGCCGGAAUCAACGUGCACAUGUUGACCGGCGACCACCCCCACACCGCCCGCGCCAUCGCCUCCGAAGUUAGCAUCCUGCCCCCCGAGUCCAAGAUUGCCCAGAUGCCAGCCGAAGUCACCCGCACCAUGGUUAUGACCGCCCACCAGUUCGACGCCAUGAGCGAUGACGAGAUCGAUGCUCUAAAGGAACUGCCGCUCGUCGUCGCUCGCUGCUCGCCCACCACCAAGGUCCGAAUGAUUGCCGCGCUCCACCGUCGCAAGCGCUACGUCGCCAUGACUGGUGACGGUGUCAACGACAGCCCCAGUCUCAAGUAUGCCGAUGUUGGUAUCGCCAUGGGCCAGAACGGUUCGGACGUGGCCAAGAACUCCUCGGAUAUCAUCUUGACGGACGACAACUUUGCGUCCAUCCUCAACGCCAUCGACGAGGGUCGCCGUAUUUUCGACAACAUUCAAAAGUUUAUUCUGCACGUGCUUGCCGCCAACGUGGGCUUGGUCAUUACGCUUCUUACUGGUCUUGCUUUCAAGGAUGCUACUGGAAUUUCCAUCUUCCAGAUUACCCCAGUUGAGAUUCUGUUCAUGUUGCUCGUCGCCGGUGCCUUUACCGAGACUGGCCUUGGCUUCGAGAAGGCGUCGCCUGAUGUCCUCCGCCGACCUCCUCACAAUCUCAAAUAUGGCGUCUUCACCCCCGAAUUCAUCACCGACCUCGUCUGCUACGGCCUCAUCAUGGCCGCCUGCCUCCUCGGCUCCUUCGUCAUCGUCCUCUUCGGCUUCUACGACGGCAACCUCGGCCACGACUGCAACCUCGAGUACAGCGACUCCUGCGAGGACGUCUUCCGCGCCCGCGCCACCUGCUACACGACCAUGAUGUGGGUCUUCCUCUUCUUCGCCUGGGAGCUCGUCGACUCGCGCCGCUCCUUCUUCGACGGCAUCGCUAAGAGCCCGCGCCAAUGGGCCCUGCGUCUCUGGAGCAACCCUUUCCUGUUCUGGUCUGUUACCGUGGGUUUCUUCAUUACUAUCGCUACGCUGUAUAUCCCUGUUAUCAAUACCGUUGUUUUUAUGCAUAAGGGUAUUACGUGGGAGUGGGCUGUUGUCGUUAUUGCGAACCUGUUCUUCUUCGCCACGGCUGAGUCGUAUAAGUGGGGGAAGAGGGUGUGGUUGAGGAGGCAUGGGUUGGCGCCGAAGAAGGGUGAUGAGGAGGAUUAUUUGAGCACGGGCACGGAGCAGGUCUAG